AUGGAUAAAAGGCUAGAAAAUCUCAAACCUGGAAGGCUCUUUUCAAUGGAAAGUAAUAUUUAUUACAAUUUUCACCUGCUCCGCCUCAUGUGCAUUGACCCUUAUAUGAAAGAAUCAUUGAGACUGCCAGUCAAUAUCAUUAUAUUGACAACUUAUUUAUUAACUAUACUGAUGACAAUCGUCGUUCUCGUAAAAGCCAUAAUCAAAAAUGAAACUAAUAUCAACUUAAUAAUGGAAAUGAGUUUUACCUGUAUAUUUACCGUAGAUAUGAUGUCAUAUUAUAUCAUUUUAUUGAAAUACAACAAAGAAGAAAAAUAUUUUUAUUUGUUGUUGGCAAUCGUGAUUGUCAUCAAUGCUUUGAUGAUCGUUGAGUCGGUUCUAUUACUCUCAGCAAAUAUUAUGAUAAUUAAGUACCUCGAGGGAUUAUUCGACUUCAUGAGUUAUUCUGUGAAUCAUAUGUACGAUAAUUUAAAUCCUAUAAUGAUUAAAAUGUCGAUCAAAACAUCAAAUAAGGAAAUCCGUCGAAAUAUCAUUAAUCUUAUAAAAUGUUAUCAACAAAGUAUACAAAUAUUUAAUUUGUUUUCGACAUUCACUCGAUAUAACUAUUUCAUCGUUGUUCCUCAAAUCGCACUGAACAUAAUAUUUCUCGGGUCCAAGGCUCUUCUGGAAAUUUCACACGAUUUGCAGUUGUUUGGAAGGCUGAUCAUAAUUUGUUUGGCAUCUUUUUUAGUAUUACCAGUACUUAUCUAUCCAUGCCAACAACUAAUAAAUGCGAAUGAAAGAUUCCGAAAUGAAUGUUAUGCUUGCAAAUGGUAUAAAUUUUCUCCGGAAGCUAGAAGGUUAUUAUUAGGAUUAACGUUUAGAGCCUCGCACUAUUUUGUUCUAAAAGCUGGACCAAUAAUAUCAAUGACAAUGGAAACAUGUAGUACCAUCUUAAAAACUUCAUUGACGUACUUGGUUACUGUUAAUAAAAUAUACAGCAGUUUCGGUGAAAAAUGA